CGACAACUCCGACAACUGCCGCCCUUGACCAGUUCAAGUACAGUCAAAAUGACCAACAACAGACUGCAAUACCGCCGCCGGAACCCGUACAACACGCGGUCCAACAAGGUUCGCAUCGUCAAGACCCCCGGCGGUGAGCUCCGUUACCUUCACCUGAAGAAGAAGGGUACUGCUCCCAAGUGCGGUGACUGUGGCAUCAAGCUCCCCGGUGUCCCCGCUCUCCGUCCCCGCGAGUACGCCCAGAUCUCCCGCCCCAAGAAGAAUGUCAGCCGUGCCUACGGUGGCUCUCGCUGCGCUGGCUGCGUCAAGGACCGCAUUGUCCGUGCCUUCCUGAUUGAGGAGCAGAAGAUCGUCAAGAAGGUCCUCAAGGAGUCCCAGCAGAAGGCCGGCAAGCGCUAA